AUAAACGUGGCCGGUGGCUCUCUGUUUUUUCUACCCAAAAACUAAUCCGAAACAGACUCUCCUAUGUUUUCUCCGAAGGAAAGCACACUCUUUUUCUCUUUCAUUUCCGCUUCAUUCAAUUUUCUCCCUUCUCGUUCUUGUUUCUUCAGCGUCUUCAACGCAAGACCGAGCUUUCACUUCUAGAAUCUCAACGCACAAAAACUAACAUAACAUUCUAAAGAAUCUGUGUUAGAAGAGUACAAUUUGGGGGUUUGAUUUGAACAUAAGAUGCAUAUUUAUCCCGCAUAUCUGGUACUACAAUAGGAAUCAACUGCCAUCAACUAUUGGAAUUGCCUUUUCGCGACCUUUGGUGUGUGAUUUUUCGAUAGAGAAGCAAUUUUGGUCUGAAUUUUGGCAGUGAGAUCACAUGUUAAGGUUUUGCAAUGGGGUCCUUGAGCAUGGAGAAGAAGUGGGUGUUUCCUUUUGUUAUCAGCGCGCUCAUAUGUGUAUUCCUUCUAGCUACCUUCUUCAACAUGGGCAUGAUCUCUUCGAAUUUCCCAUCUCGUGUUUCGUUGAAUCAAACGAGUUCCUACUAUGGUGAAGCGAAAAUUAAGCAACCUCUGCUUCCUCACAGUCCUCCCGUUCCACGUUUUGCUUAUUUGGUGUCUGGCUCCAAAGGCGAUUUGGAAAAGCUAUGGAGAACGUUGCUGGCCUUGUACCAUCCACGGAAUUACUAUGUUGUCCAUCUGGACCGAGAGUCGUCAGUGGAGGAGAGACUCGAGCUUGCCUACAGAGUAGAAACGGAAUCCCUUUUUGUGGAGGUUAGGAAUGUCCACAUGAUUACCAGAGCUAAUAUCAUUACCUACCGAGGGCCUACCAUGGUUGCUAAUACUCUUCAGGCAUGUGCCAUUCUUCUCAAGAAGUUUCAGGAUUGGGAUUGGUUUAUAAAUCUCAGCGCUUCAGAUUAUCCCCUCGUGACUCAAGAUGAUCUUCUUUACACUUUCGCCAGUUUAAAACGAGAGUUAAAUUUCAUCGAGCACACAAGCCGCUUGGGCUGGAAGGAGGGUCAAAGGGCAAUGCCAUUGAUCGUAGACCCCGGGCUCUAUAAGGAUACCAAAUCCGACAUAUUUUGGGUCGGGCCAGGGAGACCUUUGCCCACAUCUUUUAAACUAUUUACCGGUUCUGCGUGGAUGAUCCUCUCCCGGGCAUUCGUGGAUUACUGCGUAGAGGGUUGGGAGAAUCUUCCUAGAACCCUACUUAUGUACUACACGAAUUUCGUGUCUUCUCCCGAAGGGUACUUUCAGACCGUGAUAUGUAACACCCCUCAGUUUAUACCGACUGUUGUGAACCAUGACAUGCACUAUAUUUCUUGGGAUGUUCCUCCACAGCAGCAUCCUCACACGCUCACCCUAAACGAUACCCGGAGAAUGAUUAGAAGCGAUGCUCCCUUUGCACGCAAAUUCAACCAAGGCGAUCCCGUCUUGGAUAAGAUCGACAAGAAAUUGCUGGGCAGAAGAAAUGUCAACUUCACUCCUGGCGGUUGGUGUGCUGGUUAUCCUCCUUGCUCCGAGAUUGGAGAUCCUGUAAAUCUUAGACCGGGUUCGGGCGCUAAAAGGCUUCGCAGUCUCAUAGGUAAAAUAGUUUUGUCAGAGAAAUUUAGGAAGCAGCAAUGUAAGUAGAGUUGUUAUGUGUAAUGUCUCAUCCACUCACUGGGAAUGAAAGCAGCAGGUGGAUUAGAAAGAUUCAUUCAAAGAAUCUGAAAAAUAAAAUAUAUGUCUUAGGAUGUUGUGUAAAA